AUGGACUACGAGACACGUGUUACCCGCAACGGAGUAUCUGCUAAUCAUCUGUUAAAUUUUUCGAUGCCUGAACGUGAAAGAACUGUGCAUCAUUACCAAAAGAAGAAGAAAAGUUUAGCACCUCGUACUCAAACGGAAUAUCUUCAUGCCAACUACCGCUUUGUAAUUGCACCACUUGAUCCGGAUGCCGUCGUGCCAACGUGGGAUCUUGAAGCUCUCACCGAAUGGUCCUUCGUUGAGCAGGUGCUACUGUGGUAUGACGCUGAAAGCCCACAUACCUGUCCGAUCUGCAUGGACCAUUAUCGUGCCCCUAAAAUCACAAAAUGUGGCCACAUUUUCUGCUGGCCGUGUAUACUCCGCUAUCUGUCGAUGACGGAGAAGUAUUGGCGUCGCUGCCCGAUGUGCUUUGAAUCUGUUCAGAAAGGACAUCUGCGCAGUGUGCAGUUUCAGCUUCAAAUCCCUCCUCAUGUGGGUUCCGACGUAAUCUUUCAAUUCCUGGAGCGCCCAAAGUCUAGCAUGUUUCCCCAGCGUCGUGUACUCCCUUUCGCUACCGACAAAGCUGGACACGCUGAAGUAGAUUUUUCAUCGCGCUUAGAGGUUGCUGCUUUUGCCGAUCGUAAGCGCUCUCGGAAGUUGCCUAGCGUAAAUGAUGUCGACGCAGCGUUUUCUCGUAUCUUGGAAGCUACGCCUGAAUAUCUACAGGAACUAUUGCACUCGGAGAUGCGCGAUCUUCAGUCCAUGGACGCUGAGUUUCGCAGCAGCGGCGACCUGGACAACCUUCCUUUUGUGGAAGAGGCCAUGCGAAAUACUUCAGGGCGGCUCACCAAGAGUGACGAUUUUAGCCGUGGCACAUAUGGAUCCUUUUCUGCGAACGGCACCGCCGUUACAGCGAAGGAAAAACCGCAUGAAACCGAAAGUGGUGACGCAUAUUCAUUCUACCAGAUCGCUAACGGGACCUAUGUGAUUCUUCACCCGUUGAAUAUGAAGUGUCUGCUGAAGGAGUUCUCGGGUGAGCAUCAGCAGGAGCAAGAUGGCGAACGUACGGUGGACGCACACCAACAGGAACUAGAAACGGCAUGGACUCAAGAGGCAGCUACUUUGGAGCCGCUGCCUGUUAAUCGCUACCGUUUGCUUCCUGAACAAAUUAAAGGACGUGUUUUGGAUAUUGAGCACGUGGUCAUGGACGAAGAAGCACAAAAGCGGUAUCGUUUCUUGAAUCAUCUGCCACGGUUUUGUGAUUUUUACGUGUGUGAGCUCGAUUUGACGUCUCAGCUCUCGCCGUCGACGCUUACUUUGUUCCGCAACGAACUCAAGAAGCGCUCCAAGCAGCGGAAGCACAAGCUCAAGCUGCAAAACGCAAGGACUCCUUCAUCUCCAAUUUAUAAGAGUAAUGCGUCGACAUUCUCCCUCGAACAGGAAGGGACCAUGUGGCCAUCCCCUUACGAGCAAGCGCUGGCCGAUUCUCUAGAGGAGUUCACCCUCAGCAAUUUAUCGAGUACUGAACGUGAAGUUGAAGUCCAUACAGCGGCGCACACAGCGGCGCACGAGAAGCAGUCGUUUGCUGGAGUGACGAAAAACUCUGGGUAUUUCCCAGCACUUGGACGUGGUGAAGUAAGUGAGGCCAGGCCUCUUAUUACAGAUCCGAAUGAGUUUGGUCUGCCAUCUGCAUGGGGAAAUCCAUCGACCAGUCAAGCUCCAGAGGCGUGGGGAUCCAGCAAAGACGGCAAGAAAAAAGGAGCAAGUAAGAAAGGCGUUUCAUUGUUUUCGACGACGCAGCGCCGUUCAUAUCGUUGA